AUGCGAUGCAGCCAAUCAGGAGCUUGCGAGGGCAUCGGGCGUGCCCGAAGCCACUGGCUCAAGCUUGCCGCAGAGGCGGCGGCCCGGAUUCUGGGGCGCGAGCCCACCAGCCCACCCAGGGCCACUGGGAAGCGCUGCUGCGCCCUGUCGCUUGCGAACUUCGCCAUGCCAGAGCACCCGCAGCCAGGCUGCGCCGCCGCGCUGGCUGGCGCUGGUGCCGCUGUGGCUUCCGGCAUGCUCGCGGGCGGAGCAGCCGCCGGCUUCGUGCCCGUGCUGACGCGCGGCACCGCGGCACCGCCGCAGGCCGCACCCCGAGGCGCCCCCCCCCCCGCCCCGCCGGACCAGGCUCGCGCUGGGCAUGCGGCCGCCCUGGCGGGCGCCUCGGCAGCGGUGGCCCUGCUGGGCAUGGCAGGCGCGCACCGCACGGCAAAGGGUGCCCGGAGCGCGUCGGCCACCGUGCUGCGUGCGGCGAAGGCCCCGGUGCUGGACAUCUCCACGCAGCUCGGCGCGUGCCCGCCGCUGGGCUUCUGGGACCCCCUGGGCCUGGCCAGGUACCCUGACCCGGCCGUGGCCGCGACCCAGUUCCGGCGCCGCCGCAUCAUCGAGAUCCAGCACGGCCGCGUGGCCAUGUUCGCGUGCAUCGGGUACAUCGUCCCCGAGUACUUCAGGUGGCCCGGGCUCAUCUCGCCCUCGGAGGGCCUCGCGUUCCAAGACAUCCCGAACGGCUUCGGCGCCAUCUACGCGAUCCCACUCGUCGGCUGGACCCAGAUCAUCGCGCUCGCGGGCAUCCUCGAGGUCAACUUCUUGAGCAGCGAGCCCAAGGAGUACCCCGGCGACUACGAUGGCUUCGGUGCCCUGGGCCUCCCCGGCGGCGCCAGCAUCGCGGACAAGGAGACCAAGGAGAAGAAGCUGCUCGCCGAGAUCAACAACGGCAGGCUCGCCAUGAUGGCCAUCAUCGGCAUGUUCUUCCAGAACGGCCUGACGGGCCAGGCCUGGGGUGACUGGGCUCUGUACGGCGACUCGCCGCUGCGUGCGGCGAAGGCCCCGGUGCUGGACAUCUCCACGCAGCUCGGCGCGUGCCCGCCGCUGGGCUUCUGGGACCCCCUGGGCCUGGCCAGGUACCCUGACCCGGCCGUGGCCGCGACCCAGUUCCGGCGCCGCCGCAUCAUCGAGAUCCAGCACGGCCGCGUGGCCAUGUUCGCGUGCAUCGGGUACAUCGUCCCCGAGUACUUCAGGUGGCCCGGGCUCAUCUCGCCCUCGGAGGGCCUCGCGUUCCAAGACAUCCCGAACGGCUUCGGCGCCAUCUACGCGAUCCCACUCGUCGGCUGGACCCAGAUCAUCGCGCUCGCGGGCAUCCUCGAGGUCAACUUCUUGAGCAGCGAGCCCAAGGAGUACCCCGGCGACUACGAUGGCUUCGGUGCCCUGGGCCUCCCCGGCGGCGCCAGCAUCGCGGACAAGGAGACCAAGGAGAAGAAGCUGCUCGCCGAGAUCAACAACGGCAGGCUCGCCAUGAUGGCCAUCAUCGGCAUGUUCUUCCAGAACGGCCUGACGGGCCAGGCCUGGGGUGACUGGGCUCUGUACGGCGACUCGCCGCUGCGUGCGGCGAAGGCCCCGGUGCUGGACAUCUCCACGCAGCUCGGCGCGUGCCCGCCGCUGGGCUUCUGGGACCCCCUGGGCCUGGCCAGGUACCCUGACCCGGCCGUGGCCGCGACCCAGUUCCGGCGCCGCCGCAUCAUCGAGAUCCAGCACGGCCGCGUGGCCAUGUUCGCGUGCAUCGGGUACAUCGUCCCCGAGUACUUCAGGUGGCCCGGGCUCAUCUCGCCCUCGGAGGGCCUCGCGUUCCAAGACAUCCCGAACGGCUUCGGCGCCAUCUACGCGAUCCCACUCGUCGGCUGGACCCAGAUCAUCGCGCUCGCGGGCAUCCUCGAGGUCAACUUCUUGAGCAGCGAGCCCAAGGAGUACCCCGGCGACUACGAUGGCUUCGGUGCCCUGGGCCUCCCCGGCGGCGCCAGCAUCGCGGACAAGGAGACCAAGGAGAAGAAGCUGCUCGCCGAGAUCAACAACGGCAGGCUCGCCAUGAUGGCCAUCAUCGGCAUGUUCUUCCAGAACGGCCUGACCGGCCAGGCCUGGGGCGACUGGUCUCUGUAUGCGGACUCGCCGCUGCGUGCGGCGAAGGGUCCUGUGAUUGACAUCUCCACGCAGCUCGGCGCGUGCCCGCCGCUUGGCUUCUGGGACCCCCUGGGCCUGUCCAAGUACCCUGACCCGGCCGUGGCUGCGACUCAGUUCAGGCGUCGCCGCAUCAUCGAGAUCCAGCACGGCCGCGUGGCCAUGUUCGCGUGCAUUGGUACAUCGUGCCCGAGUACUUCAGGUGGCCUGGAUUCAUCUCGCCCUCUGAGAAGCUUGCGUUCGCAGACAUCCCGAACGGGUUCGGGGCCAUCUACGCGAUCCCACUCGUCGGCUGGACCCAGAUCAUCGCGCUCGCGGGCAUCCUCGAGGUCAACUUCUUGA